GGGAGGGGGGAGGGGCGGCGGAUGGCGGUGGAGUACCACUGCUGCGGGGCGCCGUUCUUCGAGCACAUCGUGAUCAUCGUGGUGCUGGUGCUCUUCGCGGGGCUCAUGUCGGGGCUAACCCUGGGGCUCAUGUCCCUCAGCCUCGUCGACCUCGAGGUCCUCGCCAAGUCCGGCACCGACCAGGACCGCAAGCACGCAGCAAAGAUAUUGCCUGUUGUGAAAAACCAGCACCUUCUGCUAUGUACACUUCUGAUCUGCAAUGCUGCAGCUAUGGAGGCUCUACCUAUAUUCCUUGAUAGCUUGGUGACUGCUUGGGGUGCAAUUUUGAUCUCAGUGACAUUGAUCCUGCUGUUUGGUGAGAUUUUACCACAAUCCAUCUGUUCACGCUAUGGGCUAGCCAUCGGUGCUUCGGUUGCUCCAUUAGUCCGUGUGCUUGUUUGGAUCUGCUUUCCUGUUGCAUAUCCAAUAAGCAAGCUACUGGACUAUGUGCUUGGUCAAGGUCAUACAGCUCUAUUCCGUAGAGCUGAACUAAAAACACUUGUGACACUGCAUGGAAAUGAGGCUGGUAAAGGUGGGGAGUUAACCCAUGAUGAAACUACUAUAAUAGCUGGAGCUCUUGAGCUCACUGAAAAGAAAGCUAAAGAUGCCAUGACACCCCUAUGUCAAACAUUUGUGAUUGAUAUAAAUGCAAAGCUCGACAGGGAUCUAAUGCAAAAGGUCCUUGACAAAGGUCAUAGCAGGGUGCCAAUUUAUUAUGAAAAGAAGACAAACAUUAUUGGAUUGAUAUUGGUGAAGAAUUUGUUAUCCAUCAACCCGCAUGAUGAGAUUCCUAUAAAGAGUGUAACUAUCCGCAAAAUUCCUCGUGUUUCAGAAGACAUGCCCCUGUAUGACAUCCUAAAUGAAUUUCAGAAGGGCCACAGCCACAUGGCAGUUGUCAUAAGACAAACCAAUCCAAAUUAUACAGCUGAACCACCUGCCAAUGAUGGUGGAACUCUUGAGGUUGCAAUAUCAAUUGAUGAUAAGCGUGGUGAGAAGGUUGUGAAGAAUCUCCCUCCACUACGAAGAUGGAAGAGCUACCCCAACUCCCAGAAUUCUAAUAGAGGGAGCAGGAGUAGAAAAUGGUCCAAAGAUCAAUCAGAUGUUCUUCAAAUCCAUGAAGAGCCUUUGCCCACACUGAAUGAAGAUGAAGAAGCUGUUGGUAUCAUAACAAUGGAAGAUGUCAUAGAAGAGCUGCUCCAGGAGGAGAUAUACGAUGAGACAGACGUACAAGUUGAAGAACAAUAACACAUGCCACAGUCACUUCCCAUUUUGAACCCAGAAAAAACGGCGCUACGCCUUUCUUUUGGCUGAGGGGAAGUGCAGUGUGCAAAUGUGUUUAUAUUACGUUGUAUUGUACCCAGCGUAGAUAGAAACGAAGGUUGAAUUGGUUCAUUUCAAGGCCGGUACCAAUGUCUAGUGCAGUACUAAUACUAGUAGAAAGGGACAAAGUGUUGUGAUUGCUUGGUCCUGAGAUUGCCGGGAUUGCGCUGUGAAAACUGAACUGGGUAUCCCGGGAUUUUUGACGCGGUAACAGUGCCGCUCUGAGACAAUAGUGCUCCUUCGGAAGGGUUUGCUUUCUUGUAAGGUUGGCUUCACUUGAGGGGUGUUUGUUCUCCUUAACUUUUUUUCUCUGCGUCACAUCGAAUA